CUCGUAUUGCUGAUGUGGGUCUUCACGGUCCAUGUUAUUACCAUGAAAAUAAAAGCAUAUGUGGGGUUUUACCAUAUACAGUACUACGCCGGAAGUUUUACGUGGUUAAGAUUAUAGUACUGCUUCUGAUAUAUAUUCAUUUGGUAUUACCAUGAAUACAUUUUCAACUGGAAAAGACCUUGCAAAAAGCAUUUGUAAUGAUGAAAAGCUUGAAAUUCCAGAGGAUACACCAAAAUUUUAUGCAGAAUUAAUGCAACAAUGUUGGGACGAUGAUCCGGAAAAACGUCCAAACGCUUCUUACUUGAAUAAAAAAUUAGGAGAAUGGAUCACUUUAAUUUGUGAAGUUGAAGAAAGAGAAAGAAAAGAAACAGUAAAAGAAGAGAAACACCUUAAAAUAUGGAAGAACUCUAGAGAUAUGACCUCAAACACCAAUCGGCAAACUCAGAGAGAUGCUAUGGCUGACCAGCCGGAAGACAAGGGCAUAUGCUAUGGGUUUAUCACGUUUCCAAUAAACCAAGACACAACGAGAAAAGAUGCGAAAUAUGCGGAAGAAAUAACCACACAACAACGCAAUGUUUUUUCAAAGGGAGAAAAACUUAUACGAGAACUACUGGAAAUUUCAACGCAGGAGGAAGAGGUUAUAAAUCAGGAUAUAGAAGAUUUAACAACAGAUACGAGAACAGAGAAAGGUUUAGAUAUAAGAAAGAUAACGACAACAACGGCAACAGAUACAAAUACGAAGGACGAAAAUAUAGAAAAGGAAGAGCUGGAAGAUAUGAUAGAUAUGAUGGAAAAGCUGGAUAUCAAAAAAGAGAGUAUAGAAAACAACAAAGUUAGAUAA